GAGACGCUGAUAAGUUCCAUCAACCAAACUGAUUUUGCUCAGAAUUCACUGCAUCUGGCCGGGAGGAUGGACGGAGCCGCAGCUGUGGUUCUGAUGCUAUCAGCAAUGGCAGUGCUCCUGUUUGGUGUGGAGAGCCAGCAGAGGGUGUGUUACUCCGGUCCCCCACCGGAACCUGAUCCUGAUAACCCGGAGCACUGGAUGAAGCAAGUCAUGCGAGAGAUCCGGAAGCGUUGUCCGGGAAGGAGGCAACCUACCCCAGCUGUUACGGAGAAACCGUGCACCACAGCUGACAGUACAGACCCAGAGUGGCGACUGGUGUUCAAAGGCGUGGCAGGAACUGGAGUCGAGCUGUAUGACAUGUGGACCACAAUGGACUGGAACUCGAGUUAUGAAGCCAGUUGCCAUCGCCGUAAUAAUUCCCUCUACCAAGCCUGGCGCAACGGACAGCUGAAUGUCCGACGAGUGAAGCUUUCCCUGUAUGAAGGCGCAAUUGUGAGAGCCGAGUUGAUCUUCAAUGGAGCCGGCUCCGACAUCAGGAGUUGGUUCACUCAGACCCGCUUGAUUUCAUCUCCCUGGGAUGAUCUCAAAUCGGCUCCGUUUACUGGACGUAUUGGUCAGAUCUUCAGUAUCGACGGUGAUGUUGUGCGGGGUCGGCGAUUUUACAUCAACAACUACUAUGGUUCAUGCGAGGUGGAUAAAGGCUGGCUGGCUGUGAACGGCUUCAGAACAACCUGCCCUUGGCAGACACCAACAGCAGCACAUCCCUACCCAAACAUACUCUACAGCACAACCAACCAGAAGGUGACGUGGAACGAUGUGCGUUCAAACGCACUGCUGAAGAAACUCGUCUGUGAGAAUUACCCAUUCAGCAUCGCAUGUGACGUGGGAACCAUCGACGUGGAGUGGGCCCUCUACGGCCGCGAGGACGGCACCAUUGAUUGUCAAAUCAACGCAGCUGUACCGUGCGGCGAUCCGACCACGUCACUGACGACGGUGCAGGCAGCAUGUCAGGGAAAACCUCAAUGCGCCUUCAUCCCCUCCAACACCUUCUUUGGAGGAGACCCUUGUCCCAUUCUAGGAAAGUACCUGGUUGUUCAUUACUUGUGCUCGUCGGCAAACGUCCACUAA